AUGUAACCUCAUAGAUCACUUUAAAAUUAAGAAAAUAUUCUAGCAUAAAAACCUCGCGGAGAUGAAAUUGAGUGUAAUAUAUAAGAGAGCAAUAACUAAAUAUAUAGAAAUAUGAAGACUAUUAGGAGAGAAAAUAUAAAUAUUGAUAAUCAUAAUUCUCAAAAAAAUGAAAAAUAAGAAAUAGAGCAAUAAAAAGAAUACAAAAUUGCUAAAGAACUACUUGGUAUCCAAGAUGAAAAAGUUGAUGAAAAUAAAAAAAAAUACAACAUUGAGAUGCAAUACUUAAUUCCUAUAUUCAUGUUUGGAUUAUCAUAAUAUACAUUAAAUGAAAACUAAAAUGCUUCUAAUAUUUAAGAAAAAGCUUUCAAAAAAUAAGAAGAAUUUAAUAAUUUUGAAAAUGAUUUAACUCAAAAUAAUCAGAACCCAACAAAAGAAUAAUAAAAUCAAGAUGAAUUAAUAGAUAAUAUAGGCUUAAAUGGUAAAUUUAUUGGUAUUAAAUAAAAAUUAUCAUAACACUAAGAAGCAAAUCAAAAUUAAAUUAAAAGAGAAGAUAUAAAUAAUUUGAUAGUAGAAUAAGAGGUAUAAAAUUUAGAUCAAAAUACAAAAUCGUAAGCUAUGAAUGAAAAUCUUUAACAUAAAAUAGGUCAAAUAGAAGAUUUUGCUAAAAAAUAUGGAAAUCUGCUAGAUCAAGGUGCUAGCUCAAAUAUGGAACUAAUACAAUAAAUGUGUGAAAAGGGUAUCUCGGAUUUAAAGGUACUUGGAACUAUAUAUUUAAUGCUUAUUUGUCUUUUAACUUAAUUCAAUAUGAAUUAAUUGGCAUAAAACUUAUAUUUUAAAUUUCAAAAAGACAUUAUGUAAGUUUAGAAUGAUAGCUAAAUGUUUGAUAUGGACAUUUAUUCCUUUAUUGAAAAAAAUAUAAACAGUGUAAUUUAUUUAAAUGAAUUAAUAAUAUUGGCACUUAGAUUUUAAGAAUUUAUCCCUCUUUUGAACAUAUUUCUUUUAGUAUUUUAAGUGAGAAUUCAUAUAAUUAGAGAUCAAAUUAUAUCUGCUAUGUCAAAGAAAAGCCUAAGCUCACUAGAGAUUAUUAUUGGAAACUACAAAAAAAGAGUGCCAAAAAAAAAGAGUAAAAGAAUCGCUGGUAAUCAAAAAAUUAAAAAAGCUAUGGAGCAAGUAACUUCAUAUUAUGUAUAGAAAGGUUCAAUUGAAAAUGAACAUGAAUUACUCCUCUUUAUUAUAAGUGAAGGUUUUCAUCAAAUUUCUGUAGAACUGCUUAUGUAUUUUGUUGAAACAAAACUAAUUCCUCCAUAAUUAUUUAUCACAAAAAAAGUUAUAAAGUAAUCUUUGAUAAAUAUGAACAUAGCUAUGUUUUCAAAGGCCUUCUUAUUCAGAUAAAAAUGGGUAAAAUCUCUCUUUUUAACAGAGAAAAUAUUUCUUCAUAUUUGCUAACUUAUAAGAUGUAAUGAAACAUUCGCUGAAGGUCUUUACUUGAUGAAAAAAAUAUCAUAAAAGAAGUAGAGAUCCUCAGCUCCUCUAUGGUAUACUGAGAAUAUCAUAGAACUCUUUGAAGAGGUUGCUUAAAAAUAAUCUCAAUUUUAUAUGCUCCAAAUUUACACUUUAAACCCUGUAAUUUCAGCUAUUAUAAUUUCUAAAAUACUCUACAAAUUAAGUUUAAACAAAAACCCUCUUUAAAUUCAACUCAGCAGACUCUCUGAUCACUUCAAGAAUUUAGCAAUUUAAUUCAGGGAUUAAAUAACUGAUGAAAGAUAAAUGAAAAUGACUCUUUUUAAGAUAAUAUUCCCUUCAGACAAAUCGCUGGUUUAAAUAUGCAAAAGCAAAAUAAUAUACACAUAUUACAACGAAUUUUUACAAUAAGAUUUAGUCUUAAAAUUAUUAUUUGAGAAGUACGAGAGCUCUAAUCAUUAUGAUAUGAAUCUACUAUCUAGUUCUACAAGUUUUAACUAUUUAUUUAACUUUAAAAAAAUUAAAGUACCAUAUUUACACUAUUAACAAAAAUUUGAAAAAAUAGAAACCAAUAUUAAAUAACCAUCAGCUCCACUUAUAAAAUUUAAUAUAAAUCAAAAUGAUUUAGAUUAAGUUUAAGAAGAUAAAUAGUUUUUUGGUCAUCUUCUAUAAUAAAAAGUUAAAUCUAAUUAAUAAGAAAUAUUAAAGCUAAAAAGUUUGAACAAUAAUUAAGACCCUAAUGAGCUUAUUAAAUAGUAUAAAGCUGCUUUUCAAAAAAAAGAAUUUAAUAAUAAGUAGCCAUCUGAGAAAUAUGAAAAAAAAAAAAAAUCAUCAUAAAAUAUAUAAUUUAAUACUAAAAGGACUUUGAAUAUUUUCAAGGAAAUAGUUCCAAUAAGUUUUAAAUAUGUCUCUAAACUAAAUCAUUUUUAUUAAUACAAUAUUUACAUAAAAAGCUUAAAAAUAAGGUCCUAUUUAGAAAUGAUUUUGUAUUUUGCAAUCUUCAACUACUCCUUAUCAACAUUCUUUUAAAUUUUAGACCUUUCAAAUGUCUACUUAUAAUUAAAUCCAGAAUUUGUUAAUUUGCUCUUUAAUUGCCCAUCUAAAAGUCUUCAAGCAGAAAUAGCAGUAGCUAUGUAAACAUAUGUUCCAAGAUUUACUAUAGAAGAAAUAUAAUAAUAUUAAUCAACAAAUUUAAGUCUUUUCUGUAGUAUGCUUAUAGAGCUAACAACUGGAAAUAUUUAGAAGUAUAUGAAUGACUGGUAGGAUGAUUGCGUUCUUUUUGUAGGGAAAAACUAAUAAGUAACCACAAUUGUUGAUAAUUUUAAUAGGUCUAUUUACUUUAUUUACUUAAUACCAGUAGGUUUUAUUUUAAAAGUGAUACAUUCUCAGAUUAUUUAAAGGAGAUAUAAAUAUGAUAUAACAGAAUAUAUAGAUAUAUUUUUAGUCUACUUAUGUAUUUAGCAUUAUUUUAUUAACAGUAAUAUAGAAAAGAUAUAAAAUUCUUAAGACUGUAAUUAUUUGAGUUAUUCAAGUAUUUCUAACAAUCUAUAAGCUUUAGUCUAUGUAUUAACUCUGAUAUUGGUAUGUCUCUUUGGCAAGGUUAUUUAAUUUUUGAGUAGAAAUGAAAAGCUUGGAAUUUUGAUUAAAAUUAUUAAUCUUACAUUUAGAUAAGUAUUUUCUGUUUUGUUUAUUUUUUCAUUAGAUAUUCUAGCAUUUGCUUCGCUUCUGUAUCUAUUAAGUUCUUAUCGCUUAGAUAUCUAUGAUAGUUUUGCUAAUUCAAUAAGGACCCUGAUUGCUACCACUCUUGGUACCUUUGACUAUAACAAUAUGGAUCUGGCUGAAUCAAUUAUUUAGACUGUAUUCUUAUUUACAUCUAAUGUUAUAAUGAUAAAUCUUUUAAUUGCAAUUCUAACAACAACUUACAGUCAAAUAACUUAAAGGAGUAGUGUAGAGUAUGCUUUAAUAUUAUUUGAAGAAUAUUUUAUUGGAAAAUUUGAUAAAAAUUAUUCUUUACUUAUAGCGUUUCCUCCUCCAUUCAACCUUUUUUAGUUAUUAUUUUCUUGGGUUCUGUUUUUUCAAAAGCUUGUAAAUAUAAAUUAAGUUUUUUAGAUGAUUGGAUAUACUCUACUAUUAUUAAUAGUGUAUGCUGUAUUUAUUUCAAUCAAUGUAAUUUUAGUUCCCUUGGCUUGGUUUAAAAUGAUAUUCACUAUAAUAAAACAUGAAUAUCAAAGUAUGAUCCUAAACUUAGUUUUAAUAAAAAAAUAAUUUAAUAUUUAAAAUAGCUGCUUCUAAAGUAAAGCAUAUUGUAUUAUUUCUUAGACAUUGGUAUUAAUUUUCAAAUUGCUUUAAUGGAUAAUAUUUGGAUUGCCUUAUCUUCUUUUUCAUGCUAUUUUUACAGAUUCAAUUAUCUUUAUAAAAAGUGCUUAUUCAUCAAAUAAUAAUAAAUAUAAAUACAAUAAAAAUUUACUAAACUCACCUCUGCCUUAAAGAUGCUACUAUUUAUUAAAGUGCUAGCCUUAAAUUAUUGAUUAUAGAUUUAAAUCAGAGUCAAAUAUUUAGCAUUUUUAACUAUUUUAGAAUUAUUUGAAGUUUAAAUUCUUAUUGAAUGCUGCUGAGAACGAAAGAAAAAAUAUUGAUGGAAAACCAUAAAAAUUAUUACAAAACUAUUUUCUUAAAGUUGUAAAAAAUUUGUUAAGGAGAAAAAACCUAAUGAACAAAUUUAAUAAAGAAUUUAACUAAGAAUAUUAAAACAGAUAGCAUGCCCUUAGUGAUACUAUUUAAAAUGAGCAUACAGACCCAAGCUUUUUAGCAAUAAUGAGAACUAAAUAAAUUUACCUUUCUACUGAAUUUUGGUAAAAGAAAAAAGUUACAACACUAAGACAAUAGAAUUUUUACAAUUUAGCAAUUAACCCUUCAAUCAAACAUACUCUUGAAGUCUAAUAAAGCUUGAUUAAGAAAGUCCAAAGCUAAAAUCAACACAUAUCAUAAAUUCGUAGCAUUUAAAAUUAAAUGAGUAAUAUUUAAGGAGUUUAGCAUUCAAAUUAAAAUUCUUUUAAUAAAAUUCCUAAUACAAUAAAUAAGUAAUAAACUCAAAGAUAAAAGUUGCACACCUUAUAUGAAUAAAUUGAGGUAGAAUGA